AUGGGUAGCAGUCCAAUUAUUGUGGGUUCUUGCCCACCACCAGAUGAUACACUGUGGAACAAAAUCAAAGGCCUUGGAUAUGAAGUAACCAUGUAUGAUUGGAACAAUAAAAACAAAGAAAAACGGGUUGAUAUGAAGCUUGGAAUCUCUAUGGUGGUCGAAACUCUCUUUAAGGCCAAAGAUCCUGGCAUAUUGGUGCUAGUAGCUGGUGAUGGGGAUUAUGAACCUGCAUUAGAGGAAAUAUUGAAAGCAGGGUGGAAAGUUGAGAUACGAUUCUGGGCUUCUGGAACAUCUUGUCACCUUAAAACCCCAGAUAUUGCUCAUAAAAAUAAAGAAUUAAAAAUAGUAUACAAACCUCUGGACCAUGAAUACCAGAAUUUUACAUACUGCAUCGGACCUGAUCUCACCAAGAAAAAGAGUAUUUUUCAAAUUGAACAUGAUAUGAAUCACACCUGGAGAAAUGAAGAAAUAAUGAAAUGUUAUACAGAAUUGCAAUUGUUCUGUUGGUGGUACAAGAAAGAAGAUGGAACACUGGAGUUAUAUUUCAAUAGUAAAGCACAGUUGGAGAGGGCAAGUCGUUGGAUGAAAAAAAACUUUCCAGAUGUAAAUACAAGGUAA